AUGGCGCCAACUGAAAAGGAAAAUUUCAUGGCAGAGGCAAAGCCCUCAAUGGAUUUCGCAACUUUGCAUGCUAGUACAGGAGAGGCAGAAUCAAACUUGGUCAUGACCCCUGCUGAGGAGCGCGAGCUCGUCCGAAAAAUUGACUUACACUUGAUUCCGCUCAUGACUAUCCUGUAUCUGUUGCAAUAUCUCGACAAGACAUCUCUUGGCUAUACCGCAAUCAUGGGUAUCAUAGAGGAUGCAAAACUUGUGGGAACGCAAUAUUCUUGGGUAUCUAGCUUCUUCUACGUGGGAUUUCUCGCAGCCAGCCCCCUAGCUUCAAUCCUGUUGGUCAAGUUCCCGGUGGGGAAAGUCGUAGUAAUUUCGGUACUGAUAUGGGCGGGUAUACAGAUGUGUAUGGCUGGUGGUAAUGACUUUGGGAGCCUUGCUGCCCUGCGCAUCUUGUUGGGGGCUUUUGAGGCUGCAGUUAACCCGGGUUUUACGAUCAUAACAUCUACUUGGUAUAAACCAUCCGAGCAUGCUCUGCGGCAUGGUUUGUGGUACGGAGGAGCCAGCGUCGCCUACAUUUUUGGUGGUAUUAUUGCAUAUGCCAUAUCCCAUAUUCACAGUGCGGUCAAAAGCUGGCAGUUCCUUUUCAUCAUCUUUGGAGCCGCUACCUUUCUUUGGGGACUCCUUCUUCUGUGGCUUUUGCCUGAUACCCCUCAAACCGCAUGGUUUCUCAGUGAAAGGGAAAGGAAGUUGGCUUUUGCCCGUGUGCAAGGUGCGAGACACUCAGCCGAGACCAGAAAAUGGAACCAUGGGCAGAUGAUGGAAGCGCUUAUGGAUCCUCGGUCCUGGUUGUUCUUCUUACUUUGCAUAUUUACGACUCUCCCAGGUGGUGGCUUGACGGCGUUUGGAAGCAUUAUCUUGAAGAGCUUCGGCUACAGCGUCUUGCAGACCCAACUUCUCACCAUGUCACAAGGUGCUUUCCUUCUGCUUUAUGUCGCCUUCACCGUGAUUAUAUCAAUAACUUUCAAGAACGCUCGAUGCGUGUCUAUCGCUCUGCUCAACAUCAUAUCCCUGGCAGGAGCCUUGAUGAUCAAGCUGCUCCCAGAGUCCCACAAGCUGAGUCGCCUUGGUGGACUAUGGUUGAUCAGCGCCUACGCUAGUGCCUUUCCUACAAUCCUCAGUCUCGUGUCCAGCAACAUCACCGGACAUACCAAGAAGGCAACUGUCAAUGGAAUGUUAUUUGUUGGCUUCUACGUAGGAUACAUUGUCGGCCCACUGACCUUUUUGCCGCGAGAAGCUCCAACUUAUCAGACUGCAUUCAACAUCAUGAUUGCCUGCUUCGUUCUUAAUGUCGCAAUCAUUAUGAUCAUGAGACAGCUGAUGGAGAGAUGGAAUAAGAGGCGCGAUCAAGAAUUUGGUGCUGGGGCCAGCUUAAGUGGACAAGCUAUCGAAGACAGUGCAGCUCAAAUCGACCUAGAUGAGACCGAUUGGGAAAAUAAGAGCAUCCGCUACUCCCUAUAA